UCCUACAUGUCUAAUCUGUGGUAAAACGAAAAUGUCAGAUUAACCAGUGUCACCAAGUGUCACUGUCGAAUCAAAAUUGGUUUAAGAUUUUACUUGUGGAUAUUUUACGAUGUGAAUGAAGUUUUCUUCCACAAUUCACACUUAUAAAAGCGGAUUGUACCAUAGAUUUGAUAAUAAUUAAAAUAAUAGAUGAUAAAAGACAUUGGUUGAGAAAGAACAAGGUUACCAACAUAAUUUUGCUGCAGAGCAAUUCCUUUACUUCUUCAUAAUGGAGUAUACAGCACAAAAUUUAGAAUAUGCCGUCAAUGUGUUUUAUAAUGGCGAACAAAAUGAGAAAACUAAUGCACACACCUGGCUUACAACAGCUCAAAGAGCUCCUGAAGCAUGGAACUUUGUUUGGGAAUUACUACAGCCUCAUAAGGGUACGGAAAUUCAGUUUUAUGCUGCAACAACUUUGCAUACCAAGAUCCUGCGCUGUUGGAAUGAGGUACCUCCAGAGAGCUAUGAAGAAUUAAAGGAGAAGAUACUACAAGCCGUAACUUCAUAUUCCCAAGGUCCAAAGAUUGUAACCAACAGAUUGUGUAUUAGUUUAGCUGCAGUUAUACUACAAUUGGGAGCCACAGAUCUAGCUACAACAUUAAGACCUCUGUCAAAUGUAGAAAAUACAUCUUUGCUACUGGAAGUGUUAACUGUGAUACCUGAAGAGUAUAACAGUAUGACAAUGGGAACAGCACUCAGAACAAAAAAUCAAAAUGCAUUGCUUCAUGCUUGUCCUGCAGUGUUGGAUGACAUGCUUCGCUAUCUGCAGUCUGUAUAUAAUGAUUACAGUAAGAGUCCCCCCUGUGAGGAGACAGUCAAGAGCUGGCUGAACGUGGCGACGUGCGCCGGCAGCUGGCUGAGCAUGGCGUGUGCUGACUGUAUGGACUACAACAGCGCCAGUGUGCCGGACUUCGCCCCAUUGUGCAGAGCGUUGCUCACUGUCGUACAUGUUCUGUAUUCUGGUACUGUCAGAUGCAGCGAGGCGGUGAGCGACGUGUCGCUGGAGGCAUGCGAGGCGGCGCUGAGCGCGGUGCGCGCGGCGGGCGGGGGCGCGGGCUCGCUGCGCCGCCCCGUCGCCGCGCACCAGCUGCUCGCAGACCUGCUGCAACUCGCGGACCGCGUCCUCGCCAGAGACAACGUGCCCAACUCUAUCAAUGAGGAGCUGGUGUCUGCGGUGAUAACGUGCCUGGUGUCGGUGGCGGACUGCCACUCGCGGCACGUGGUGCGCGGCGUGGAGGCGGGGCAGCGCGCGCCGCGACACGCGCUGGAGCUGCUGCUGGCCGCGCAGGCCGCGCCCGGCCACUACCCGCUGCACGAGACGCGCUCCCACUUCGUCUUCAGCUUCUGGUACACGUUGCAGGACGAGAUAUCGAACACGUGCGACAGCAAGCGCGGCGUGCCGGCCGUGUGGCUGGACGUGUUCUCGCGCCUGCUGCUGGCGCUGGUCGCCAAGGCGGAGGCGCCCGCCGACUGCGACCUCUCGCAGGACGACCAGGAGCUGCUGCGCUGCUACAGGCAGGAUAUUAGUGAUACUAUUACGUACUGCUUCUGCGUGCUAGAGGACAACAUCUGGAAGGUGCUGGAGGAGGCGUACCCGGUGGGCGGGUGCGAGGCGCGGCAGGAGGCGGUGCUGUUCGCGUUCCUGGCGGUGGGCGAGAUCCGGCUGACGAAGCAGGCGCUGACCCCGCCCAUCGCCGCGCUGCUGCAGCACGCCGUCGGCGCCGCCCGCAGCGCGCGCACCGCGCACCUGCUCGACACCGCGCUCGACUGUCUAGGAGGGUACUCGUCGUGGUUGAGCAGCUCGUGCAGCUUGGAGGAGGCGGAGCUGGCGCGGCGCAGCAUCUCGGCGGCGGGCGCGGCGCUGCAGCGCUCGCCGGCGCGCGCCGCGCACGCGCUGCGCAAGCUCUGCGCGGAGUGCGACGUGCUCGCCGCCUCCAUGGCGCAGGACAUCGUCAGCGCCGCACAGAGUGGUAUGGUCCGCUGCGACAGCUUCGUGCGGCGGCAGCUGGCGGGCGCGGCGGGCGCGGCGCUCGCAGCGGCCCCGCUCGACGUCGCUGCGCCUCUCCUGCAGAAGUUGGCGCAGCCGAUGCUCCUCGACCUGAGAUCACAGGCGGCGGAGGGCGUGCGCGCGCGCGCGGCGGCGGAGUGCGGCGCGGCGCUGCUGACGGCGCUGUCGGCCGCGCCCGCGCUCGCCGGGGACCUGUUCCAGGCGAUGCUGCCUGCGCUUGAAAACUUCACGCAACACGCAGACCUCCUCGAGGCGAUGUAUAAGGUGCUGGAGCAGGCGCUGUCGUCGCUGCUGGAGGCGUGUGCGCCCCACAUGCCGCAGGUCGCGCAGCUCACAGUGGCCGGCUUCCACACGCAGCCCUGCGCGCAGGGUCUGCUCGUACUCAAUUUGAUGAUGUUGAUAUCGUACGAGACGUGGCCGGAGGCGGGGCGCGUGCUGCGCGCGUGCGUGUCGGCGAGCGCGGCGCGCGCGGCGGCAGACGUGCGCGCAGACCCCGACCUCACCUCGCACCUCUUCCUCACCCUCAGCACACUCACCAAGAAGAUACCAGAAAGUUUACAAUGGAUCGAAGACUUGCUCUCCCAGCUCGUCGAGCUCGCGUGCCGGUGUGUAACGGUGUGGGAGGCGCAGACGGCGCGCGGCGCGUGCACGUGGCUGAUAGCGCUGGCGGCGCGCCGGCCCGCGCCCCUGCUGCCGCACGCGCCCGCGCUCACCGCCGCCGCCGUCUGCUGCAUCGGCGGUGCGUCGCCGCGCGCGCAGGUGUCUGCGCUGUCGGAGCUGCUGCUGGCGCUGAACCGCGCCGAGUGGGGGGCGGUGGCGGGGGCGGUGCAGGGGGCGGGGCUGCGCGCCUGGCUGCACGCCGCGCUCGACGUGGACGGCUUCCCCUCGCACCACGCCACCCACACACACAAACAGAAGUUCAUCACCGCUAUACUCAAAGAGAAAAAUAACAGACGGAUAGUUUUCGAAGCGGCGCAGGAGUUCUCGCUGGUGUGCCGCGGCCUCAUCGGCACGGAGUACGCGCGGCAGACCAUCGCCGCGAAACAACUCGUAGCAUAAGAAACACUUUUUUAAAACUAUUUUUGACAUUUCAGUACUCUGUAUUGAUAAGUAAGUCCUUUUAUAAGAUCUCUUAUUGAUAUAAAUGCCAAUAAUCUGUGAUCAUCGCUGUGCGCGGUUAUAUCAUAUGUGAUUAAGACAUGGCAUGUAAGGAUUUGUGAUGUUAAAUAUUAAUUAAUAAUAAUUGUUGUAUGUCAUAUAUCUGUACAGCGAUUUAUGUUUAUAAGCGAGUAUUUAUUUUCUUAUAUAAUAAUUGUAGAUAACUUUAAUACGUAGUUUAAAUAGUGCGCUCCAAAAAUUUUAUUUAAAUGUGUGCUUUCCAUGUAGUUUUACUAAAACAGUUGCGAUAAUCAAAUGUAUUUUGAUUAGAUCUUUAUAUAGCCUUUGACUACGGAUAUAAAAAUUUCACCAUAUUGUGACAAAGAUGCGGGACUAAUUUAUUUCAAAGCUAUGAGUAUUUUUAUUCAUUGGCAUUUAUUUUCUCAGUUGAAAUAAAAUUACAUAUGGUUCAAGAUCUGACAAAUUUCCGUGUUAAGAGGUUUAUGCAAAGUGGCAUAAAUAUGUUUAGAAUGUGGGAAUAAAUAUUAUUAAUAAAUUGAAAAGAUACACCUAAAUAUAGUGUUGUUCGCUUUGUAGAGCAUUAUCCUUUUCGCACACUAUGGCUUUAUCUACUUUGUGCGACAGAGACAACGCUGUACAAAGCCGAGAGUACCUUUUUCUAAAGGUCGCUGUGCAAUGUUUAUAAUCGAGAAGACAAAAUGCGCAGUUUUUGUUUCUUUACAUGUAAAACUAAUUAUAAAUGUAAAUAUUAAAUAAAACACACGAUUUGGUAUUUUGAAGGCUUUUAUUUUUUAACAUUCUACUGAGAUUAAUAUACUUAAGAGAACGUGAAUCUUAUAAUAGUACUAAUGUCGACUUAUUAUUACAAUCUAACAGAAUAGCAAAAAUAAUGGUUUUAUUGAAAUAUCUAAAGUGACAAAUUUAGUAAACAAUCAUAAAUAAAAGUCUCAUAUAAAUAAAUAUCAAUCAAAUUUUUUUAAGCCUUAAUUCGAGUGUCCACUGUGAACAAGAACUAAUAAAAAAAUCUACUGAACUACUUUAUAUCAUAUCCAAAAAUUUGACUACUAAAAAAAUCAGUUUUUUUUUGCUACUAAAACUCCGUCGAAUUGAGGGUUUAAGGAGAUCAUUACUCUUUCACUGACCGUUGAUCAGUGAAAUGAA